UGGUCUAGCAGAUACGAUCAAAGCCAAAACYCCACCCUACCCCAGACAAUGACUAUACCCUAUCCUAGACAAAACGACUACCCUACCCUACCCUACGCUAUUGUUAUUAAAUCGUUUCAUCAGUCCAAGUACGCUUCAAAGKCCAAUGUUUUGUUUUUGCUGAUAUACGCCUCCGUCACACCUCCAACCCAUCCGUCGUCACGACAACCAAACAUAGUGAAAAACUAGGCCUGGUCGAAAUGACUCAAGUGGAUACACGUUGAGAUUAAGUACAGGUUGAGAUCUUGAGUAAAAAAAAWUCAAUAGAUCAAAGAGUUAAUAGAAAAAAUAUUAUCCCGGUCACAGAGUUUGGUCAUUCAAGUUUUUGCCCGUGAUAGACACAGGGGAUUCCCCUAAUUAAAAAACAUACUUAUGUACGUUGUCAUUCAGUACUGCUCAGUUUGACAGAACAGAUUGGGAAGAGUAGCAGCUUUUGGGUAAAAAGUCUUAAAUCUUGUCAAAUCAUCCUGCUACGCUGUUAAUUCUGUGGUUAGCGCUGUUGUAAACAAUGCCAUGAGUGCGUGGUCGACGAUUAAGGGACUAUUGUGGACUGCACUUUUGGUAGUGACCAUAUGUAAAUACAGCGAGACUGUAUGCCCAGAUCCAAAUGAUGUAGAAGUUUGCAAAGAUAAUGAACCUUCAAAAUGCUUCUGCAGGGCGUGUCUCAGUUGCCCUGAGGGCUACGGACAGAAUUACGAGUGUGCGUCAAGAAUAAAGACAUCUCAAAAGUUGAAGUGUGUACCAUGUGUUGUGGGGGCGAACUACAGUGAUACCAAGAGUUCAGCUUUGUGUCGUCCUUGUGGGGGAUGCGAUGGUUUUAAAGUACUGCAUAAUUGUACAAUAACAAAGCCUACUAUAUGCAGCCUUGAUUCUUGUGCAGAUGGGUAUGACUUUAACAGUGAUAUGCCUGAUAUGUUGGUCUGUCAGAAGAAGCCAACUCAGCCAACAACUCUGCCGCCAACAACUCUGCCGCCAACAACUCUGCCGCCAACAACUCAGCMGCCAACAACUCUGCCGCCAACAACUCUGCCGCCAACAACUCAGCAGCCAACAACUCUGCCGCCAACAACUCUGCCGCCAACAACUCAGCAGCCAACAACUCUGCCGCCAACAACUCUGCCGCCAACAACUCUGCCGCCAACAACUCAGCCAAGAGCCCAAAAGGCUAAGUCAACAGAUAGCGACAGGACUACACCUACUACAAAUAGUGGCACUUUACAAAAAGCUACAAUGAAUGAUCCAAAAAAAUCUUCAACCAAACAUCAAGCAUCCACAAGCUCUCAUAACAAAGUAAUCUUGAUUGUUGUGAUUACUAUCCUUGUGAUAGUUCUUGCAUUGUUCAUAAUAGCAGCUAUACUAGUGUUUCUGAAAAGAAAGAAAAUCUACAAAUAUUUCAGAAAAGCAAUCAAGUCAAAAGAUGGUUCCUCAUCUCCAGAGAGCUGGCCAUUAAAUGCUGUGGCAUCACGUCAAGCUUACCCAUGGCCUGAAAAUCUCCUUCUAAAGUCCAUACCACAUGAACUGCGUUCUGCAAUUGAAACCAGAAUAUCCAAUCCUAAACAACCUGGAUGGCGAGAACUUGCACAAGAACUGGGUCUUGAUGAAGAAACCAUACUAGGGAUUGACAAUCACAGUCAACCAGAAAAGGGUUAUCAUUUAUUUGAAGCUCUGAAAACUCAAAAGACCUGCAAGCUCUCAUUCACUGCAUUUGCUGAUGCCCUUGCUAAGCUGAAAAGGGUUGAUGUUGUGGAGACAUCAAAGGAUUACUAUCGUGAUAAUAAUGAUGUUAAUAAUGUCACCCUUGAAGACUCUUGAGGGUACAAGAAAAUUGGCUGAUGGCAAAACGAAUAGGGGACUGCUGGGACAGAAUUAUGAUUUUUGUAGAAACAGAAAUUUUGUAGAGUAGAAAUUUUAGCUGCUGGAUGCUUUUUGAUGGACAAUACUCCAGUUUCGAAUUCUCCAAUGCUCUGUGUUAGCCUCAUUUGUGCGCAAAAUAUUUCUUAUUGUGA